AACUUUUCAUGGGUUGUUUCCCUAGUGCAAGCUUCUGGUUAUCUUAUGUUUUGAUUUUCUUACGACUCUUGUAUUUUAUUUGGAAUCUUAUAGGUCGUAUAUAAUAUAUUAUGCCAAAAUGACGGUUGCUGUUCUUCCCAGGACUUUCCUCCUCCUCUUCUACUGCUACUAGUACGUACGUACGUACGUACGAGUAUAGUGUAGUCAUACAAAGACAUUAAAAGUCUCUAAUUAGAAGAAGACGUGAGUAAAGCCAACAUUAUAAGAUUAAAGGCUGGUUGGUGUUUGUAGAGAGUUGAGAUCGAUCAGAUUAUUGUGAAAGGAAGGCUAAAACGAGAUAUUCAGCAAAAACAAAAAAACAAAAAAACAAAAAAUGGGGUUCUUCACAUUAUUAGAGGUGGCAUCGAUGCCCAUUUUACAAGUUCUGAUUGUGGGCAUGUUGGGUGCGUUCAUGGCUACUUCCUACUGGAAUCUUCUCCCCGCCGAUUCUCGAAAGUCCUUGAACAAGAUAGUGUUCGCGGUUUUCACUCCUUCGCUCGUUUUUGCUAGUCUGGCCAAGGCCGUCACACUUGAGGACAUUAUUUCAUGGUGGUUUAUGCCUGUCAAUGUCGGGUUUACGUUUUUAUUUGGAGGGAUUCUUGGAUGGAUUCUGGUUAAGAUAUUGAGACCGAAGCCUCAUCUUGAAGGCCUCAUUAUUGCUACUUGCUCCUCAGGAAACUUGGGAAAUCUGCUGCUUAUAAUAGUGCCUGCAAUCUGCAAAGAAGAUGGGAGCCCAUUUGGCGACAGCCAAGUUUGCAGCACUACUGGUCUCUCCUACGUAUCCUUCUCUAUGGCGCUUGGUGGUUUCUUCAUCUGGACUUACACUUAUCAGCUGAUCCGAACUUCGUCUACCAAACAUAAAGCAGUGGAAGCAAUUGAGGGGGUUCCGAAGACUCCCAACAAGGACUCAGAUGCUGACCACCAAACCCACCUUCUUAAGCCACAAGAUCAAGACCAUCUCGAAGAUAUUAUAGUGGCACCAGCCGACUACAUUGGAGUCGCUACCAAAAACCAAGCUGUUAUUGUAGCUGAAGAACCAAAAAGCACAUCAUUUUGGAAAAGACUCGAAGAAAUUCUCGGCCCGAUAAAAGAGGAGUUGUUGGCACCUCCAACGCUAUGCACGAUAUUGGGGUUCAUCUUUGGAGCGGUUGAAUGGCUGAGAAAUCUAAUAAUUGGCGACACCGCCCCAUUGCGGGUCAUCCAAGACUCGGUUCAAUUGCUUGGGGAUGGAACAAUUCCUUGCAUCACCCUUAUCCUAGGAGGCAACCUCACUCGAGGGCUACGUUCGUCAAAAAUCAAGCCACUGGUGAUCAUCGGAGUCGUUUGCAUUCGGUACAUUAUACUUCCAAUUAUUGGCGUUUGGAUCGUAAAAGUAGCAAACCAUCUAGGGUUUCUGCCACCGGAUCCCUUGUUCAGCUAUGUCUUGAUGGUUCAGUUCACCCUUCCCCCCGCCAUGAAUAUUGGCACCAUGACUCAGCUCUUUGAUGUGGCUCAGGAAGAAUGCUCAGUCCUUUUUCUGUGGACAUACCUGGUAGCAGCUCUAGCACUCACCUUUUGGUCCACCAUCUACAUGUGGAACUUGUCUUAAAUGAAAUCCGCUAAAGAAUGCCGACAAUCACCGACCACGAAAAACCAAAACAAAUGAAAAAAGAGAAAAAAAAGGAAGAAAAUAGUAUAACAUCAGUGUCGUUUUUGUCAAUUUUUUUUUACUGUUUAGACGCAACGCUUGCAUGGAUAAUAUCAUAGCUUGAUAUAAAUUUAAGAA